GUAGAAUGCCGGCGAAUGCCGAAGAACGAAGAGCUCCUCUGGUAAACUAGAAACUGUAGUCUUGUUGUUCUUGAAUCAUGUGUGUCUGAUCGAGAGUGAAACCGGUUAACGCGAAUGACACGAUCAAUUUUUUUUUAUCUUUUUUCGAAUAGUUGCGGUGUUUUCGUCACUAAACGCUUGUGAUUUUUUUUAUAUAUAUAUAUUUAUAUUUGUUUGUGAAGUUUUUAUGACGUUCUGGAAUUACUAUCGCACUUUAAAACGUAUACAGGAUGUUAACGUAAAGAUCUAGCUCGCGAAAGCUUAUUUCAAAUUGAUUGAUUACAACUUGAGUAUUUGAUGAGAAUAUAUUCAUACAUCGACGUGGAUUCUCCUUCGGACCCCCAAGAAGGCGACUACACGCGCUCGUCUCCGUGUAGUAGUCCCGAACUGUUCCUGAGGAAUUCACCAGGUGAUCUCUUUGUUAAUUUAAACUGUUACCAGUAGAAUUUUGUAUGUGUUAAUGUUGUUUUGCAUGUGGACUAGAGACUAGUAUAGCAAAAAAAAAUCAAAACAUUUGCAAUGCCGUUACGAGAUGCGUUCGGGUCCUCCAGUAAUCAAGCUUCGCGCUUCCGGCUUCCACAGAUUUCCAGGACGAUUUAAUAUUCCUAGAGAGGGCGCUGUCGAUUCCAACAACAAUCAAACCGAAUACAACAACGGACUAACUAAUAAAUGCACGCUGUUAGUUCAAAGCGAAGUAAGCAAUACCCCAUUGGUGGCGGAAAGUGCUCAGCCAUCAACUCCAACCAGUCCCCAUUCAAGCAUGCUACUGCUGCAAUCUCAGACCCCGUUUGGACCAAGCAGUUUCGCUGAUCUGCUGAAUGCUCCGUUUUUAGACGAUCCCACUUCCGCCGUUAUUUCCGAAGAACUUAAUCCUUUCGCCGACGUCGCUAUCGAAUCUCAACCUUCUUCUCCGCUUCCUCUACCGAGCUUUCAAGAAACUUAUUCAGUUAGAUAUCAAUCACCAUUCAAAAUGGACGAAGAAUGUUUCAACGUAUCUUAUCAACAACAUAAUCAUUAUUACGAUUACUCGCAACAACAGUACACUCCUGCUUGUUCUUUUUAUAAUCCUCCUCCGAGUACCGAUACGGUCAACAGCCAGGAAUCUUAUUCCCUUCCGGUUUAUCCGUCGUCGGAUUUGCACGUGACGACUUCGUCCAAAUCGCGCAGAGCGUCGUUACCUCUACAAAGAUCCGAAUCAACGAGUAGCAGCGAGAGUCCUAAAUUGAGAAUCGGUCCUUCGGCUUCGACUUGUUCUUCGGCAUCUAGUAGUCCGGGAGGUAUACCGGAAGUAUCAAAAGGUCCGACUCCUCCGUCUCCAUCGCAAUUGUGUGCGGUAUGCGGCGAUACGGCAGCUUGUCAACAUUACGGAGUUCGUACGUGCGAAGGUUGUAAAGGAUUUUUCAAAAGAACCGUACAAAAAGGAUCUAAAUACGUAUGUUUAGCCGAUAAAGCUUGCCCGGUGGAUAAAAGAAGAAGAAACAGAUGUCAGUUUUGUAGAUUUCAAAAGUGUCUCGCAGUGGGAAUGGUCAAAGAGGUAGUACGCACAGAUUCUUUGAAAGGCAGAAGAGGUAGAUUACCUUCCAAGCCUAAAAGUCCUCAAGAAUCUCCGCCAAGUCCGCCCGUUUCUUUAAUAACCGCUUUAGUUCGAGCCCACGUAGAUACAACGCCUGAUCUAGCUAAUUUAGAUUAUUCGCAAUAUUUAGAGCCCAGUCCGAUUGAACCGAUCAUAUCGGAAGCUGAGAAGAUUCUUCAAUUUUAUACUCUAUUAACUACGUCGGUGGAUGUAAUAAGGCAUUUUGCCGAAAAGAUUCCCGGUUUUCAAGAUAUACGUUUAGAUGAUAGAGAACUCCUAUUCCAAUCGGCUUCUUUAGAAUUAUUCGUUUUGAGGUUAGCGUAUCGCACGCAUCCGAAUGAUUCGAAAUUAACUUUUUGUAAUGGAGUCGUGUUGGAUAUGCAACAAUGUCAGAGGUCAUUCGGCGAUUGGUUAAAUUCAAUCAUGGAGUUCUGCGCCGGUUUACAUGCCAUGGAAAUUGACAUAUCCGCGUUUGCAUGUCUUUGUGCGCUAACUUUGAUUACGGAGAGGCACGGUUUGAAAGACCCGCACAAAGUGGAACAGCUACAAAUGAAGAUAAUUUCUUCGUUGCGCGACCACGUGACCUAUAACGCGGAAGCACAAAGAAAAUCGCACUAUUUCAGCCGUCUUCUUGGUAAACUUCCCGAACUCAGAUCUCUUAGCGUACAAGGACUACAAAGGAUAUUCUAUUUGAAAUUCGAAGACUUGGUACCGGCACCUCCCUUAAUAGAAAAGAUGUUUGUGGCUAGUUUACCCUUUUGAAAAAAAAAAAAGAAAGGUGUAUCAUUUUUUAUAUGCCUAACAUAUUUUUCUGAAACCGUGAUAAAAUUGUCCAUGUGAUUCGUUAUUAGUAAGUUAAGAUUUUUAUUUCGAUUAAAUGGAUGUUGAUUCGACUCUAUUUUCAAUUUUAAUUCUCAUUAUUUGGCUUAACAAACCAAAAAAAUAUAGUACAGGCCCUUGGUAUACUUGAUUAUCGCUUACAUUUUUUAGUUUACCAAACAUUUUAAUGCAAAUGACGAUUUACAUUUUCAUUUAUCGCUCCAAACAAGACAAAAUCACAAAUUUGCAUAAUACUCGCCAUUGAUAGUUUUUCUCUUAUAAAGAUAGUCAAUGAAAUUAUCCCACUUAUCCUUGCCUACAGAUGGAACAUUCUUUUAAGCCGGUUCUCCCUUUUCAGUCCAUUGUUUUGAUUGUUUCUUUGUUGUAGGUGCACUAAAUUUUUCCUAUGUUUAUUCAAAAAUAAUAUUUUAUAUUUGAACCACCCUUGUACAUGAAAUUCCAAGUAUUUCUUGAAAUCUCAUAGGCUUGGAAUACAGAAGAGAAACAGAUUCUCUUUGGAAAAUAGUUAAGUCAUUUGAAAAUCUAAAAAAAAAGAACAGAAAACUUUUAAUGGAAAGUUCAUAGUAAUCUACUUAAAGGAGUCACCAUGUAUUUAUAGUUCUAACUAGAAAGAUCGAAACUAAUUACCGUUGAAUGAGGACUGACUUAAAUCUGAAUGCUUUUUGAGCUAUUUAACCGGCUUAAUUGAUUUUUAAGUCAAAUACUGUGAUAAUAGUUAGCCAAAAUGAUAUAUGAAGAAUACUAGAAGCGAUUGCUAUAAAAAAUGCAGUCUAACUAGCACGAAAGCUAUGAUAGACUGGGUUAUGUCGAAAAAUAUUUACAAAUUUUCAUCUGACUUCAAAAAUUUUUGAAAGAAACUAAUUUCAAAUCAGUACAGACCUAAGAUCAAGAACAUUUUGAAACAUAAACAUAUGAAAAGGUCUAGUAAAUAAGAAAAUACUUACAUCGAUCCUAACAUGUUAAAAACUAACCAGAUAUCAAAAGU